AUGGCAUCUAUUACGGGCUCCUCUUCGAAUAUUGUUGGCGGAUGGGCCUGUCUUGUCUUGCAAGACUGGGACCAACGUGUGACGCAUGAAAAGCUCCCGCAAGGCCUCGCCCCUCCUCUCAAGGUUCGAAGGGGUGAACAGGCUUGGGUUUUCAACCGGAUAGGGGACUAUGGAUGGGUUCCCCUGAGAGUCUUGCAGAGGGGCGAGCAGAGAGCCAAGCCACUUCCCAUUGAGCUCCUGACCCCAACACGGCUCAUGCAAGCGGGCGUAUCCGAUCCCGGCCCGUCUGAGAACACCCUGCAGGAGACCCUUCGUUGCCUUUGGAGAACUAUCAAGAGCAAUAGGUCCAUCAUCACUGAGAUCGUCCCGGGCAUGUCGGAAGCCAGCAAGAAGGUUCUUUUCCACGAGUUUGCAGCGCGAUAUGCCGAUAUCAUCUACUCAUCCAUUCUUCCGCAAGCCCGUACCAUCAUGAGUGGUGGAUCGUUCACGCCUAGCCAACUAAGAACUCUGACACCGGUCAGUGGCUCUUGGCCCAAGCAACCCGGAGUCUAUCUCAUCAUUUACGGCGACUUUGGAACCCGAAAGAUCGGCUCUCGCGUGUAUGAGGCAGCGGCGUACAUUGGCCAGACCAACAACUUCCAAACGCGCCUUUCUCAACACCAGGCUCGGGCUCAGCUCGAAUCGAGUUCCAACCACUACCGACUUGCCGCGCGAGCAACGCAGAAGAGAAUGGUGCCCCUGAUCCUCCAAAACACCAAUCAGGUCCCCACUCGUUUCCUCGACAUCGCCGAGUUCUCCAUGGUCUGCCUCUUCCGGUCCUGGUACCCGGGCCUGUUCAGCCCCAGCGAUGCGAACGCCGUUGGAGCGUAUGCUGCUGACUUUGAUGCGGCCCUCGUAUUUUCUCGGCUCAUGGACCAAGUCUCUUCCAAGACAGGUUGGGGCACGAGCCCGACAUACGGUCUGAACUGGAACACCCCCAUCCUUCGAAAUGCGAAGAUGGAUCAGCAAUGGACUGGUUGGUACCAGGAAGCCAAAUCCAUGUUUUACUUCCGAUCCCGACGCCAACUGCACAAGUCAAAGGAUGAAUACUUCCUUCGCUGGUAUGCAUCCGAGGCCGUCCGAAUUCCAAAGGAACUCUGGAACGAGGCUGGCUUCCAAGAUGGCCAGACUGUUCACGUCCUUGUCGAACUUCGAAAGCGUGGUGACGAGUAUCUCACUCAUCCAUUCCGAUACAUCCGUCUCCCUCCUACCGUUGGCAGAAACCCAGAAUUGGAGAAGCUCAGGUCUCUGGCCAUCAAGAUCCAGUGGUUCUGCGAGAGCACCAAGAAAUGGAAGCAAAGCUACCUCGAACGGACCAAGAUUUGGUCCACCAUGAGCAAGACAAACGAUAUCUUGCAGGCAUACCGUAGGGGCCUUAUGCUGCUCUGCGAUGUCGAGGAGACCAGUUACAGCGGCUGCCCUGACUGGGUGUUUCCACGCUGUCCAGCCAAGGUCCAGUUUCUCCGCUACAACCACCUUGAGCAGAAGUUUGUUGUUGAAAUCACUCAGCCGCGCGUUCUUGCUUGGCGUCAAUUCCCAGACACCGUUGUUGGUGCCCACCCAGGCCCUGGUUUCUUCACUGGGAAAGCCAAGCAACGGGGUAACUGUGAUGUUUGUAUUUCUCAACGAAGUACUACAAAGUGUGACCACAGUAGCGCUGACAAUUCGUGCCGGUGCUGCAGAGCUUUGCACCGUCCUUGUACUUGGUCCAGAGGCGCACAGAACGUGGAGGAUUUUCUUCAAGAAGAAGCGCUUGAGGAGCUUGGCAUUCCGUUGAACCCGACAAGACACGCUGGUGCUCAAAUCCAGGUAAUGUCGAACCCCCCUUUCAACCCCGAGGUUGAGGCCGAGGAGCAUGGUAGUCUAGAGGAAUAA